GAAGCCAAACAUUAUAAUACAACUAAAUGGAGCGACUCAGGAAACGCAGUGAUUUUGCUAAUUCUGUAGCAAAACUGACAGACCGUUAUCUUCUUGUCCAAGCUCAGCGCCAAUCUCUAAAGCCAUCUGAAUUUGUGCAAGUUAUGCAGUCUACUGAUUGGUGCAGCAGACAGUCGUUUGACGCACCAUUUGAGGUUCUGAGUGAAAUGCUAGAUGUCAUACAGAUAAAUGAAGGUGACAUUGUAGAAAUGGUUGUAAAAGUUGACUUUACAAAAUUGAGUCAAGACAUGCUAGAGAAAGCAGCAGCUAAUAGCAAAGUGCCAAGAGAUGUCAUCAUGAUGGCUGCAGUCAAAGUUUGUUCCAUAGUACGCUCUCAGAUUGACAUGCUACGCUCUCACAUUACAUCUCAGGUGCUCUCAAAGGAAAGAGGGGAAAGGAAGUCGUUGAAUGGUGAGAGUGGGCGCUUGAAGGAGGAAAAGAAGGAAUUAGAGUCUCAAAAUCAAACAGAAAGAGAAGAUAAUAAGAUGGAAUGGUUUGAAACGAUCAUUGGCAUUUGGACUUCGCGCAGCAGUGGAAAGCUGUUUUCUCUACAACAAAAGCCAGAGUAUUUUACACAAAAUCUAGAAAUUACUGCUCUUCCUACUUGCCGAAUGUUUGAAAGUCCAAGGGGAAGGUUUAGUUUGUGUAUUCAAAGAUCUAUUGAGUGUAUGGCAUUUUCUUCUCCUCCUGUUCUACCAAUUGACGCUGUCUUCCCGUCUUUCUCAGUUUAUGAAACUACGUUAGAAAAGGUCUACUGCGUGUCUCUUUCUUCUGCACUUUCACAUUGUCCGUUCAUUGUCGUCAAUGCGACAAGAGACGAGCUGUGGACACCCGGGCUAAUUGAUAACAAGAUCGAUUUGCAAAUAUUUGAUCUCUGGAAGCGUUCGUAAGCUUUGCUAGAAACUGAAAAGUAACAGAAAAACUACGUUAACGUUUCUUAUUUUAUUAGCCUCAAUAUAUGAUUGUUGUUAAGCACUUUGCUCUACAAUUUUAGCGACUAGAACAUAGAAUAUAAGUGAACAAUUUUUUGGAGUGUGCAUGAAGCAUUAGUUGCCUCAAUUUAGUAGAUACAGUUUG